AUGGACGAUUUGGAAAAGUUGCAGUAUUUAUCCCUUGUAAAUAAGAUAGUUACAGAACUAGAGAACCAUCUUGGACUUGACGAUAAAGAUCUCGCUGAAUUUAUUAUCGACCUUGCGAAGAAGAAUCCAGUGUUUGAUAAAUUUAAGGCAGCACUGGGAGAGAAUGGCGCUGAAUUCGACGAUUCAUUCAUCGCCAAUCUGCUUCGGCUCAUUCAGCACAUGCAGCCGAAUACGUAUGCUUCGAAGGAGAAUACUUCGGGGGUCGAAGAUUUGUCGCUGACCGAUGCCAGUGAUCGCGAGGAGUUGAAAAAGAAGCUUCCUGCUCUGGCGAUGCCAGAUGAGUCCGUGUCCGAGGUAAUGGCUCAGCUGGAAAGUCUAAUUCCGAAAUGGAAGGAGGACGAGCAGAAACCGACGAAGGAAGCGGAUAAAACCCACAGUAGUAGGAGGCACAGAGAUUCGUCCCCCGCUGCUAAGAGUAAUCGACGGCGGAGAGAACCCCGGGAGCGGUCUCGCUCGCGCUCUCGGUCACGUUCUCGCAGACGAAGGUCUCACUCCCACAAUCGGCGGUCUCCUCGCAGCCGGUCGAUCGACAGGCGUCGAAGCCGCCGCAGUCCGCAACCACCACUGGACAGCGAGCCGGUGCCUGGUCACAUUUACGAUGGUCGGGUGAGCAGCGUCCGUCUGGUCCACAUCUCCCAACUGAAAAGUGCUCGUGUCGGCUCGGUGGCGGACGUUGUCCGACGAGGACAGAAGGUGAAAGUGAAGGUGUUAAAUUACACCGGUGGUAGAACCGGUUUGUCUAUGAAAGAGGUCGAUCAAGAAACUGGUGAGGAUCUCAAUCCAAAGACGACGGCAACAAACGAAAAUGGAGUCCUCGACGCCGAACGAGAGGCUGCUAGAAAUCCUGAUCGACCCUUUUUGCCGAAUUCGUUCAUGGACAGUUCCCUUGACGACUUGGGGGUGAAUGUACCCCUGAAAAGGUUGAAAAGACUGUCUUCGCCGGAACGUUGGGAACUAAAGCAAAUGAUCGCAGCUAACUGCAUAUCAAACGCCGAGUUGCCUGAUUUCGAUGAGGAGACCGGCGUCCUUCAUGAAGAAGAAGAUGACGAUGAAGAUAUAGAGAUCGAGUUGGUAGAAGACGAGCCGCCAUUCCUUCAAGGCUACGGACGGUCACACCAGGACCUGGAACCGAUCAAAGUCGUGAAGAAUCCAGACGGUUCGCUCGCACAGGCGGCGAUGAUGCAGGGCGCUUUGGUGAAGGAACGUCGUGAGCAGAAGAUCCAGCAGCAGCGUGAGAAAGAGGAUUCGGUUAUGCCCAGUAGCAUCAGCAAGCCAUACCUUGAUCCUCUGGCAGAUCUUGACAACAAGUAUUCCAAAAUCCUUCCUGGUGAAAAGAAGUAUGACAUGCCAGAGUGGAAGAAGCACGUAACAGGGACGAAAACAUCUUAUGGCAAACCUCGCACGACAUUGUCCAUAUUAGAACAGCGACAGAGCCUUCCAAUCUACAAGCUGAAGGAAGAACUGGUGAAAGCUGUCAACGACAACCAGAUAUUGAUUGUCAUCGGAGAGACUGGAAGUGGAAAAACGACGCAGAUAACGCAGUACCUUGCAGACGCAGGUUAUACUGUCAGGGGCAAGAUCGGCUGUACGCAGCCCCGUCGUGUAGCAGCGAUGUCCGUCGCCAAGAGGGUGUCUGAGGAAUUUGGCUGCCGCCUUGGCCAAGAAGUUGGGUACACAAUUCGAUUCGAAGAUUGCACUAGUCCGGAUACAAUCAUUAAGUACAUGACGGACGGUAUGAUGCUCAGGGAGUGUUUACUGGACCCGAGUCUCGGCUCAUACGCGGUCAUCAUGCUUGACGAAGCGCACGAACGAACGAUACACACAGACGUCCUAUUCGGUUUGUGCAAGCAGGCGGUGAAGAAGCGGUCAGAACUGAAACUGAUCGUGACUUCGGCGACUCUGGAUGCCGUCAAGUUCUCGCAGUAUUUCUUCGAAGCACCGAUCUUCACCAUCCCGGGUAGGACGUUCCCGGUCGAAAUCUUGUACACGCGAGAGCCGGAAACGGACUACUUAGACGCGGCAUUGAUCACCGUCAUGCAGAUUCACCUCACCGAGCCUCCUGGCGACAUCCUCGUUUUUCUCACUGGCCAAGAGGAGAUCGAUACUGCUUGCGAGAUUCUCUUUGAGCGCAUGAAAUCCCUUGGACCAGACGUUCCGGAACUCAUCAUCCUGCCCGUGUAUUCGGCCUUGCCAAGUGAGAUGCAGACCCGAAUCUUCGAGCCGUCUCCCUCCGGUAGUCGCAAGGUCGUGAUCGCCACCAACAUUGCUGAAACGUCGUUGACGAUCGAUGGCAUCUUCUACGUAGUGGAUCCCGGAUUUGUGAAGCAAAAGAUUUACAUUCCGAAAACGGGAAUGGACUCCUUGGUGGUUACGCCGAUUUCACAGGCUCAGGCUAAACAGCGUGCCGGAAGAGCUGGCAGAACCGGACCUGGCAAAUGCUACCGACUGUAUACGGAAAGGGCUUAUCGGUAUGUAUGA